GUGAAACACUCGCAGUAUCACAGCUCUCUUGCUGUGGGGAGGUCAACAUAGUUAGUGUCUCUGCUGGCAAAGCUUCAUGUAGUACCUAGCCAUGAGUCCUGCUUGCUCAAAGUGGAGUCCUCCAGAGUUGAGAAUGAUCGUGGUUCUUCAGUUCAUGGCGUUUUGCCUGUCUCUGGUCUCCACGCUGUUCCUUAUCGUGGCCACAUGGACAGACUGCUGGAUGGUCAACGCAGAUGACAGCUUGGAGGUCAGUCAGAAGUGCAGAGGGCUGUGGUGGGAGUGUGUCACCAACACUCAGGAUGGCAUCCGGACUUGUGACCAGUAUGACACGAUAUUAGCAGAACAUCCUUUGAAGAUUGUGCUGACCCGUGCGCUGAUGAUCACAGCAGACAUCCUGGCCAGCUUCGCACUCAUCAUCUUGAUGCUGGGUCUGGACUGUGUGCGCUUCCUGAAGGAAGAGCCCCACAUUAAACUGAGGAUGUGCUACAUGGCGGGCUUCAUAUUCGGGGUAGGAGGGAUCCCUGGGAUGAUUGGCUCGGUGUGGUAUGCUGUGGAUGUGUAUGUGGAGAGAGCCACUCUUGUUUUAAAGAACGUCUUCUUAGGGAUCCACUAUGAAUUUGGCUGGUCCUGCUGGCUUGCGAUGGCUGGAUCAACUGGCUGUUUUCUAGCUUCUAUUGUACUAACCUGCUGCCUUUAUAUUUUUAGAGAUGCCAGAUCUUCACGAUAUAACAGGUCCAUAUAUCAUUACGGAAGGACAGCAGCUGGAAAGAUAUAUGCAAUGGAUUCACGAGUGUAGUUAAAUAAUUAUUAACUGUAAAUAAGACAGCAUCAGGGAGGUGAUGGAGGGGCUUUAAUAAGGAGACUCCUGAAUGUUAAGUGUUAGCUAGGCUGCCUAAGAGACCCUUCCAUCAGAGCAGCAGGCUUGUGAUCAUCAUCAAAAUCAAGGGACACACACACACCCUGUGACGUGGUUACACUUCCCCAAUCAAAAUCAAGGAACACACACACCCUGUAACAUGGGUACACUUCCCCAAUCAAAAUCAAAGGACACACACACCCUGAAACGUGGGUACACUUCCCCAGUCGAAAUCCAGGGACACACACAAGUUGUAACGUGGGUACACUUCCCGAAUCGAAAUCAAGGAACACACACACCCUGUAACGUGGGUACACUUCCCGAAUCGAAAUCCAGGAACACACACACCCUGUAACGUGGGUACACUUCCCGAAUCGAAAUCAAGGAACACACACACACACCCUGUAACGUGGAUACACUUCCCCAGUUGAAAUCCAGGGACACACACACGCUGUAACGUUGUACAAUUCUGAAGCAGGUUCGAGGAAUACAACGUUAACUGUAUAAAACUACUGAGAAAUAUAAUGUAGGGGGUUCUGAAAGGCUCGUCUGGAAAAUGAAUGAGAUUAUUUUUUGUACCCAUUGCAGCUUGUUCAUGUUGGGCUACAUCCUUCCAUUGCCUCUCUGUUGCUUAUUCCUGUUGAAGUCACACUGCUAAUUAUCAGAGCACGUUUAGGUUGUUUGUGUUACUUUGUACACAGUGUGUCAUGGAAAUAGCUUUGAAAGAUAGCUUUGCAAUGGUUAGAUAUAGUAUUAAUGAGGAUGUAUUAUUUAAACUGGUUUCAUUUGUAAAAAGCUAAGAAUCUUCAUAAUGAGGUUCAGAUGUAUUUCCAAGAGACUAGUAAAGAGAAUAUUUAAAUGUUAUCCUCUUUAAUAAUAGUUAUGAUAAUUCUGUGCCAGGAUAUUCACUAAGAGCAGCGUGCAAAUGCAGGGCCUUUUAUUGCAUUUUUUAAAUUUAAUUUAAUUUUAAUUCUCAAACCAAAACUUUGUCCAAAAUAACCAUGGAAACCAAAAGCAUUGAAAUAAUCCAGAAUUGUGCUUAAUUUUCUCUACUAGGACUGAACAUCAUUGCAAGCCAUAAAAUAUCUUAAAAGGGAUUAUAGAUAACAAAAUAAUUCCACAAAUAUGACCUGUUUAUUUUAAAACCUGAUCUCUGGUACUACGCCAGAUUAAAGAAAGUUCUGUUUCCAAACCAUGCUUUCAGAAAGUGUUGCACUUCCUUGGUCCUUCAACAGCUUUAUUCUUGUCAUUAACCAGCCAGCUGCUUUCCCUAUUGACUGACAUGCUUUCAGCCACUAACAUGCUUUGACCCUGAAGACACUGCUGAGGUGAAAUGACUUGUGCAACAGAUUUCCUGAGAGCAAGUCAUGGAAACUGAGAACUUAAUUUAGUACUAGAUAUCAUGUUUCAAAAUUAAAAUCCAUGUUUGCUGUAAGGGGUUUCUUUCAAAACAGCACAUUUGGGACCUAUUUAGCUAAUGGAGGUGCACAACAAGUACACUUUAUGGAAUUAUUUUGUUAGCUACAAGCACUUUAAAAGUUCUUAUGCUGAGAAAUUAUUUAAAACAGGCUUGGAGAACAGUGGAAAUUAUUUAGUUUUGCGUAUGCAAGUUGUUGUCAAAUCCGCAAAUAAUCCAUCUCAUCUUCCAUCUCAAUAGUGUAAUCACAAAAGAUAUCAUAUAGAUUACACUGUUUUAACUUCAGGUGAUACUGAGGACAGAUCCACAAAGAGGAACACAUUAUAUUUCCAUCUACCUUGUUACACAAAGGUAGAAAAACAAGGAUUGCUUUGGUAUCCGUUUGCAUGUUUUUUCAGACAACCUUACAGCUGUUCAUUUUGAAAUCCUUUUUAGCAUUUUGAUACAGCUGGCCAUAUUUUACUCCAGUCUUUAAUCAACUCCUGUUUUGUGAAAAGAGAAAAACACCCACUGACUACAGAACUAGUAUCAGACUUCUAAGGCAUGGAACUGGAGGUCUCUCAAGUUGUUUGUUUCUCAGUGUUGUACAUUACUGUUGCAAAUGCUUGAAAAUAUGGCCCAGUACCUCUUGACCGAUUCAAACUAGGUUCCCCAAUUUCAAAACCAGGAAUGUACCUGACCAAAGUCUCAAAAAAGUUAAUAUUACCACUGUAAUGGUCACUGGGUCACUUCCUGUAUCAACACAGUUUAGAAAGACUCAUGUCUGCAAACCCAAACUCAAAUGCACCAUGAAACCAGUCUGUACAACUCAACUUCCAGUAUCAAACUGGGGCUGCAGCCAGUUCCAUCUGCAGUCAACAGUUCUGUCUGCAACCAAGGACAACAAUUAACAACUGUAUGUGUGUGUGUGUGUGUAUGCUGUUUUUGUAAAAUACCAGUUUAUUUUGUCACCUACCUCCAAUAUUUCUCUUAAAAUACAUUACAGCCCUUUGGAGUGAGUUGGAGAGACUGGUUCUGCCAGUCCACAAUCUCAACUGGGGUUUGAUUUCAGUCUGCUGUCAGUGGAAACAAACUGGAUUGAUUUCAAAGCACCUCAGUCACAGUCACAGAUGGAAACCUGUCGUAAUUCAAUGAAUCAUUGUGUUGCUGAUUUCAGAUUCAUUUUCAAUGGUGGCAGAUGGAAGUGUACUGAAGCAUUAGAUUUAAAAGCCUUUACAGUCUCUACCCUAACAAUAUGUAACUUUUUAAUACUUGAAAUAUGUUAUUUGUACUCCUUUCUUAAAUACUGAAUGACUAUAGCAUGUUGUUUAUGUUAAGUGUAAUAUAACUAAACUGUCUAUGCUUUGCUGUUGAAUGUUUUUUUUCCUAAAUUAAAUAAUUUUAAAUGUC